CCUGUAGUUACUGGCUCACCUUCCAAACCGGAACACAACAACACUGGGUACUUCUGUUUGGCGGUAAUAUAUGAUGAUAUCUUCGAGGGACUACUGAGAAUAUAUGGACGGAAAAGUUAUUGAAGAAUUAUACCAAGACCUUUUUAAGUGGUUUUCUAGACUAACGGGCUUUGCAUACUGGGAAUAGACUUGCUGAUAUUUCGAGACAGUGAUUUAUCAACUACGUGAGGUAGUGUUGUAGUCUUGAUGAAUGGUUGUUUAUAUUUACGAUAAAAUUAUAACAUCAUUGAUAAAUGGCGCGCGCUCAGUGCGUAAAAGAAAUAAAACAUGCUCCAUUUCUUUCUAACAUACGAAAGAUAUCUUCCGUCUUUGUCGCGGAAAUUUCGAAACGUGAUGUGACGCUAUCUUUUAAUUUUUUAAGAAAAAUAUUAUUUUAUUUGUAUGAGAAGAAGAAGAUUAAUAGGAUUAAAGAAUUUCCUUUCCAAUUUCAAAACUGUCUUAUUUGUAUUUUCCUUACUUCAUCAGAUUAAAUACUUAUUUUUAUAAUAUGAUUAUAAUUUAAGAAUCUUAGUAUUUCUACGCAGCCGUUGAAGAAUUCCCCGAUAGCCACAGUAAGAUCGCGUUAUCUCAUGAAUCACAAUUGUUCAAUGAGGUGUGACAGUAUGCUGUAUAUGACGUCACUAUUAAAUCUCAUUAUAAAUGUAGUGAGUACUUGACAGUGACCCGAGUCAGACGCAGUCCAGUGACGGUUCAGUGUUGUGUGACAAAAAAAAAAACAAACAAUGAAAAUAAAAUUUGCGAUCACCGUGAUUCUGUGUAUUUUGGGUCAGGCGUGGUCGUGGGGUCGAGGUGACUUGGAGAAGUAUGGUCCGUUCCAAUUGGCUUUACAUUCAAAAUUAAUUAAAUGUGAACACGAUAGAACACUGAAUUUGGAUGUCAGCGGCAUAGACGUAUACUUUUAUGACUUUCCAAGGAACGAUGUCGAAACAUUCACCAUAGACAACGCAGCUAAGGGAAUACUUUCACUAAACGAACUGGAUAAAACGAAAAAGUUCCUGAUCUUCGUCGGUGGAUUCAAAUCUAACAUUAACAAGAAAACAGAGGAACGUGUUAGGGAUACAUUCAGAAAUUAUCCAAACAGCUACUUAGUUAUUCUUGACCAUUCCCCGUACACAAACGACAGACAAGGGCACAUUAAAAGUUACGAAAGAUCCGUCAAGUACGUUCACUAUAUUGGGAAAGCGUUGGCCCAAAUGCUGACGGGUUUGAAGGAAGGUGGGAUAUCUUCUAAAAAUAUACACUGUAUUGGCCAUAGUUUGGGCGCUCAAAUUUUGGGCCAUACUGGUGAAAUAUUUUACAACAACACAGGUACCAAAAUUGCAAGAAUUACUGCUUUGGAUCCAGCUGGACCUUGUUUUUCCAACAGCCUGAUACAGGAACAGGUUAGGUCUGGUGUUGCGGAUUAUGUCGAAGUGUACCAUUGUAACUCUGGUGGGUUGGGGACAACUAGUAUUUUGGGAGAUAUAGAUUUCAUUAUCAACAAGAAAGGUUCAACUCAGCCUAAUUGUAAAACACCGUUGGUACCAGGUAUAUUUGACUCUUCGAAAGCUGCAAAAUGUAAUCAUAGAGCAUGCAUUGAUAUUUACACGGCAACUGUAAGUAAUCCGAAUUGGUUUUUGGCGUGGAAGUGUGAUACAUACAAAUCAUUUAGAAAAGGUCAUUGUUAUACAAACUUCAGCACCAUCGCCGGUUUCUGGAAUCCUGGUAACGCGACCGGCGUUUACUAUGUUUCAACUGAUGGCUACGAUAUAUAAAUAGAAAUAAAUUUAUUAAUUAUUCAUAUUAUUUAUUGAAAUAGCUUUUAAAAUAUAAUAAUUGCCAUUUAAAGAAAGUACAUCAGCAUUAAUGCCUUUUAUAUUAAGUUCUCUUUUAAUAAAAUUGAUAAUUUGUUUCUG